AGAAAAUAGUAUAACAAGUAUUUUUAAUAAACGUGCUAUAAAAAAUGCCCAAAAUGUUAAAAAUUCUAAAUUUCUUCUUAUUAUUUAACGGACUUUCUUGCACAAAAUAUAAUUUUUUUUUUUUUUUAAAAAAAAAAUGGGUGUUAAUACUGAAUAGUGAACAAAUACAGACAAAAAGCUCGAAACAUACUAUACUGGACAACUAUUUCAAAAAAAAUUGUUUCAUCAAAAAAAUAUUAAUACUGCUACUGUAAUUAUACUAGAAACAUUAGCGAGCAACGCUAAGAGAAUAGUAUAAUUCUCUGGUAUUGCGAAACCUUCUUUAAGCGAAAAACGCCUUUGGUCAGAUUAGGAAAGUUGUAUGCAG